UUCAUAUUUGCUUCUAUUUUCUUUCAGAUAUGGGAAAACAAAACAGUAAGCUAGCUCCAGAGAUGCUACAGGACUUAGUGCAAAGCACAGAAUUCUCAGAGCAAGAGUUGAAGCACUGGUAUAAAGGGUUCCUGAAGGAUUGUCCAUCUGGCAUUCUUAAUUUAGAUGAGUUUCAGCAGCUCUAUAUUAAGUUUUUCCCUUACGGUGAUGCUUCCAAGUUUGCACAGCAUGCCUUUCGUACGUUUGACAAAAAUGGGGAUGGAACCAUUGAUUUCCGGGAAUUUAUCUGUGCUUUGAGUGUCACAUCACGGGGAAGCUUUGAGCAAAAGCUGAAUUGGGCUUUUGAGAUGUAUGAUUUAGAUGGCGAUGGGAAGAUCACCAGACUGGAGAUGCUGGAGAUAAUUGAGGCAAUCUAUAAGAUGGUGGGUACUGUAAUCAUGAUGCGCAUGAAUCAAGAUGGCCUAACUCCACAACAGAGAGUUGACAAAAUCUUCAAAAAGAUGGACAAGGACAGAGAUGACCAAAUAACCUUGGAAGAGUUCAAAGAGGCAGCAAAGAGUGAUCCCUCCAUAGUGCUUCUGCUGCAGUGUGACAUGCAAAAAUAGUAUCACUUUUACUUUGUCAGCUCAGCUGAAUGCCCCGCAUGCACCUCUCUACCUUUCCUUUCCCACACAAUAUCCUGGGGCUUUCCACCUAAUCAAUAUACCUAUUCAGUACCACUCUGACCAUAUAAGAUGGAGGUGGUGGCAAUAUGGCUACUUCUUAGAUAAUAACGAGACUGAAAA